AUGCAUCGAAUUAAUCGAAUCAACACAAUUAAAACAUCAAAGUUAUGCCUUUAUGAUACAACGUUUAUACGAAAAAAGAAUGUCAUCGUUCGCUUAUAUAACAGUAAUCAUAUGAACACAUUCAACUUGAUAUAUCGUAAUCCAAAAAUUAAGAAUGAUUCCCCUGAACUUUCUCAACCAAUUCUUAAAAGAAGUUUGAAUCAAGAUACUAAUGCUGCAGGUGUUUGGGAUCCUUUCCCGGAUCCAUUUCAACCGAUCGUAGAAAAAUCUGCUGAAACAGCAUUAGAAGAAGAUAAUGACCCAAAACAAAAAAAAAAACCUCCUCCUAGUAGUAGUCAAAAAACGAAACGACCAGUUCUAUCGCCUCGAGUUAUGGAUGCUGUAUUGACAACUGUAAUGGGAUUAGCUGCUGUUGGUCUUGGUGGUGUAUUUUAUCAAGCAUGGUACGAAUGGAGCGAAAUUCACAAAGUAAGUAUGGCGUUCGAAAAACCCACAACAACACUAAAAAGUAGAGCAAAAAAAGGGUUCUUCGAAAGAGAUGAAUAUAAAACAAUUCGUAAAGCUAUAGAAGGCCACGGAGCGGGAAAAUAUUUUUUACUUGUAGGCGAACGAGGGACAGGAAAAACUCAAUUAAUUUUGAAUGCAAUGGAUAAAAUAAAUCAGUAUGGUGUUGUAUUUGCUGAAGCUCAUUCGGACAGUGAAAUUUUUAAAUGCAGAUUAGGGAAAGCUUUACGAUAUACUUAUAGAGAAGAUUAUGUUGGCCAACUUUUUGCUAGAGAAGCUCCUGAACGAGGUUCCGCAUUACUUGAUGUUGAAAAAGCUUUAAAUAUGGUGGAAAUCGUUGCCACAAAGUAUUACAAAAGACGCCAUCGCCCAUUAGUUCUUGUUAUCAAUAACCUUCAUGCUUUUAAAGAAGAUGAUGAAGAUGGUGAAGACUUGUUAGAAUUAUUGCAGCAACGUGCUGAAGCAUGGGCUGCUACUAAUAUUGUGACAAUGGUAUUUAACACAGAUGAUUAUACAAUAUAUGAACGCAUGAAGAGAGAUGCAUCUCGAAUGGAAGUUGUAAGAGUAAGAGAACUAGAAAUUAAUGAGGCAGUAAACCUAUUAAAAGAAAAACGAAAGGAGCCUGAAGAUGUAUUGAAAACAAUUGUUGAACGAAUUGGUGGUCGUCUUUCUUAUAUUGAUAAAUUAGCUAGAGAACCUAAUAUUAGCGAGACCGCUAAACAUUUAGAAAAUGAAGAACGAACUUGGUUAAUUAAUCAAAUAGGUCUAAUUCCUGAUUUUGAAGAAAGUGCUUUUGAUGAUCAAAAAUAUGCUUCGUGUGCUUGGAAAUUGAUUCGUGAAAUUGUAAAAUCCCCAGUUCAUUCUGUCACAAUAGAAGAAGGUAGAAAAAUUACUGGAAAUCCAAAAUGGAUAGAAAUGAUGGAUCAUGAUAAUAUUAUUAUGAUUGAUGACCAUCAACGUAUUAAAGCUGAUUCAAAAAUGUUACAACAUAUAUUUGAAGAAAUCGUUAAUAGAGAUGAUUUUGAUGAUUUAUUAGAAAAU